CAUAAAUCUGCGAUGCGGUGGGCGUCGUUCAGUAUUCCUGCCUACGGUUUUUAUUUUCAUUUCAUUUUUCCGUGGACGGAACUGUUGGACAAUGUCAUGCAGCCUGCACUAACCAGAAUGACCGCAACCAGCCCGCCGAUUACCGCAUAUGAGUACAAAUUUGGCGACGAAGGCUACCUACUGGAUUACCAUGGCACGAAAGUUUUCUACCCGAUGUACAAAAGCCUGCCGGUUGUGGAGCAUUUCCAGGCCGAUCCCAAAGAUGUUUGUAUCGUCACCUUUCCGAAAGCCGGUACCAAAUUCAUGUCGGCAGUCGUGUGGAUGAUCCUGCACGACGGUGAUCCUGCAUCACUGCUGGAGGGCGACACGCUAGAACGGAAGGUUCCUUAUCUGGAGUUUUGUCUGCCGGGAAUGAAAAUGGAAGCAAUGCCGGCAUAUCAGAUGAACCAGCAAGUGCCACCCCGCGUUUUUUUUACUCAUCUGGGUUACGAUGCUUUACCCGAGAGCAUCAAGACUGGUGCAAAGAUAAUUUACGUCUCUCGCAAUCCGAAGGAUGUCAUGGUUUCCACAAACUACUUCUUCCGCUCCAUGCCGUUCGCCCAGUGUAGCAGCACAAUGGAAGAGACUGUCCGUUCGUUCAUUGAUAACACGUGUGCGUAUGCACCCUUCUUUGAUCACGUCGCCGGAUACCGUCGCCGUCUGUCAGACAUGCCAAACUUGGUUUUUACAACUUAUGAAGAGAUGUUGCAGGACUUGAAAAAUGUGGUCAAAAGAGUAGCGCGGUUACUUGAGAAAGACCUGGAUGACGUUCAGAUAUCUAACAUCGUGCGGUACUGUUCCCAUGAACAAAUGAAAGAUAACCAGCUGACCAACCAAUCGCAUCUGCACAAAAUGGGGCUGAGGGAUUUUAAAGUAUCGCCCUUUAUGAGAAAAGGAAUUGUCGGUGACUGGAAAAACCACUUCACCCCGGAAGUCAACCAACAAGUAAAUGAAUGGAUCGAGCGGGAGCAGCGUCGUCUCCAGCAAGAUUUGGACGGAUUUCAAUUCUAGUUUCAAGAAUAAAAUUUCGCAUUAUCGUUUUUAUUUUACGCUGAUACAAUUUCUUGUAGCUUCUAAUGGUCACUUAGAAUAAAUUUGGCAACUGUGACCGUUCAGUUAUUUAUGUCAUGUUUGAAUUCUUUCCUUCGUAAUGCUGGAUGCAGGAUCCCCCUACGCUUCUUUUAUUCAGUUUUUUAGCAUUUGUUGAU